GUUCUAAUUAUGGAUUCUGAGAAAUGCCAUCUCAUGGAGGAUGACACAACAUACUCAAUGGCAUUACUAAGGCCAUUCCCUGAGUCAGAGGAAGACCCCUCACAAACAGCUGAUAACGGAGUUGCAGCCACUGCAGCUGAACCAUGGAAAUCUCUUAAUACAAAUGAGUCUCCUAUCGCUACUGGUCAUUGUCAUGAGAGUGACAGGGUUUCUUGGACAGAGAGUCGCGAGAAGCAGCAUGCCAAGAGAAAACUCAUCAUUGCCUUGGUUGUCAGCCUGGUCUUUAUGGUUGGAGAGGUGAUCGGAGGCUAUGCAGCACACAGUCUGGCCAUCAUGACUGAUGCGGCGCAUCUCUUCACAGACUUCGGUAGCAUCAUGGCCAGUCUCUUCUCUCUGUGGCUCUCGUGCAAACCUCCCACCAAAUCAAUGAACUUCGGCUGGCAUCGCUCAGAGAUCCUGGGUGCCUGUCUGUCUGUGCUGUCGAUCUGGGCUGUGACAGGUGUGCUGGUGUUCAUGGCCAUCCAAAGGAUCCUCAAUGACAACUAUGAGAUCCACAGUCGCCUCAUGAUCAUCACUUCACUCUGUGCUGUGGGGGUCAAUGUCUUAAUGGCCUUCAUCCUCCACCAGUCUAGUCACGUACACAGUCACAGCCCCUCCUACCGCCAAGCCCAUGGCCAAAGAGUCAAACUAUCACAUGGCCACUCUCAUGGACUGCCUGGUGGCCAUGGCAACACCAGCGUUAAGGCGGCUUUUAUCCAUGUAGUAGGGGACCUGAUGCAGAGUCUGGGGGUCCUGCUUGCUGCUACUGUUAUACACUUCUGGCCACAGUAUAAAAUAGCAGAUCCAAUUUGUACCUUCAUGUUCUCUGUGUUUGUGCUGGGAACAACUGUCACUAUCCUGAGUGAUGUCUUCAGAAUACUGAUGGAAGGGGUUCCUAAAGGUAUUGACUUCAAUGCUGUGAGAGACAUGCUUCUGUCGCUGAGAGGUGUUAAAGCUACACACAACCUCCAUAUUUGGGCCCUCACCAUGAGUCAGUCACAGCUCUCUGUACACGUAGCUAUAGACAAAGAUGCCAAUCCCCAGCUGGUACUCAUGGAGUCCACCAAGAUGCUCCAGUCAGAGUUUGGUUUCGCCAGUCUCACCAUCCAGGUGGAACAGUAUUCAGAGGAGAUGGUUUACUGCACACGAUGCCAGGACCCCACAGACUGA